AUGCUUUCAUUCAGUUUCCUAAUUUAUUUGGCAUUUCUGACUGUAUAUUCUUCUCAACAAAGUUACGGAUGUACUUCCACUCCACAGCCAGAUUUGAACGGUGCUUGUCCAGACGACUUCACUUAUAUUACGGAUAGUGGAUGCUGCCCAGAUGCUGAUACCUACACUAUUACUACAACCGCUGCCACAACAACAACUACAGCAUCUGAAACAACCGCUUCGACUUGUGUAGACCUAACAAAUCCAUCGACAGGAGUUAGCGAUUGUCCUGGAAUGGCGUCUUACUGUACCAACGCUGUCUACCUUUCUCUGAUGAAACAACAAUGCCCAAAAACGUGUGGAUAUUGUACAUCAUCAUCUGCCACAACAACUGCUUCAACGUCUUCUUCAACUUGUGUGGACCUCACGAAUCCAUCGACAGGAGUCAGUGAUUGUCCAGGAAUGGUGUCUUACUGUACUAAUUCUGUUUACUUGACUGUGAUGAAAACUCAGUGUCCAAAAACCUGUGGUUACUGCACUUCGUCAUCUGCAACAACCACAUCUACGUCUUCAUCUUCUACUUGUGUCGACCUCGUCAAUUCAUCAACUGGAGUCAGUGAUUGUCCAGGAAUGGCAUCGUAUUGCACUAAUUCUGCUUAUUUGACUUUGAUGAAACAGCAAUGUCCAAAGACUUGUGGAUACUGUACAUCCUCCUCUUCUUCAUCCUCUUCGUCUUCUUCGUCUUCCACUUGUGCUGACCUCGUCAAUUCAUCAACUGGAGUAAGCAACUGUGCUAGUAUGGCUUCCUACUGUACCAACUCUGCUUAUUUGACUUUGAUGAAACAACAAUGUCCGAAGACUUGUGGAUAUUGCACCUGA